CUUUGACGAACAGUGCAAUUAUUAGGAUUAGCCCCUGUUCUUCUUGUCGCUGCUUUCCCACCCACGGAGGAGGAAAACAAGUAAACAGCAGCCAAAUCGAAGCUUUACGAUCUCUCGCUCGUUGUAAGAGCAAGAAUGCAAGAGCAAGCAACGAGCUCGCUCCCUCUGAGCAGCGAGAGAUCGUCGAGCUCGGCGCCGCAAAUGGAAGUCAAGGAAGGCGAGAAGAUUUCUCUUUUCUGGGCCCCCUCUCCACUGCAAAUGAAAAGACUGGAGAGCGAUGAGGAGAUCAGGAAAGUACCGGAGUUCGGGGUGGAGCCGGCCGGCCCGUCCACCUCUGGCCGGGAAACAGCUUCCUCGGCCGGACCCGACCGGGCCAAGUCCUCCGCCUCGGCCGGUCAGCGGAAAAGGGGGAGGAGCCCCGCGGACAAAGAGCACAAGCGUCUCAAAAGGUUGCUGAGGAAUAGAGUUUCAGCUCAACAAGCGAGGGAGAGGAAGAAGGCUUAUUUGAAUGAUUUGGAGGCAAAGGUGAAGGAUUUGGAGGAGAAGAAUUCAGAACUGGAAGAGAGGCUCUCCACUUUGCAGAACGAGAACCAGAUGUUAAGACAUAUUUUGAAGAAUACCACUGUGAAUAGAAGAGGAUCCGGUAGCAACGCCAAUGGAGAAGGGCAGUAGCAGAUUCGGAGGCAGACAUCUUAUCAUUUAUAAUUCCGCAUUGUAAUUGGUUAGAUUGUAAUGAAUGGAGAACCAUGUUCGAGUGUAUAUUAUUGCCUGGAAGAUUUUUUUCAUAUUGAAAUUUGCUAUGAUAAUUCACUGCAUAUGAGUAAUAGGCUGCCAUUGUUCAAAUGGGAAGGGCAUUUCUAUACGUUGUAACUUUCGGAUGAGAUUUGCCUUAA